GUACGUCGUGACGUCACGUGCAGCUCCUUCUAUGAAGCAAAAACAUGGCGGCUGCCAUGGAGCUGAGAUGCUGGGGAGGAGACUGGGGUUUGCCUUCUGUCCACACCGAGUCUCUUAUAGUCCUGGCAUACGCCAAGUUUUCUGGGGCAAAAGUCACAGUUUCUCCUAUAGACUGGACAUGGAAAACUCUAACAGCAACAGUCCCAGAGUUGCUGUGUGGAGACUCUGCAGUUCAAGAACCAACGCAGAUUAUCAACUUCCUGAGAAAACAGAGGUUUAAUGCAGACUAUGAACUGUCAGCCAGACAAGGAGCAGACACCAUGGCAUACACCGCUCUGCUUGAAGAGAAACUACGUCCAGCUCUGUUGCACACUUUCUGGGUGGAUGCAGAAAACUACGCCAAUCUGACACGGCCAUGGUUUGCGUCACGCUCGCCAUUCCCUCUUAACUUUCUCGUCCCAAUGCACCAUGCCAACACUGCCCUCUCCCGCAUCCUUCUAACCAAAGGAGAGGCGCCACUACACAGAAUCACUGAGGUGGAGGGAAAGAUCUACAGUGAUGCUAAAGAGUGCCUGAAUCUCCUCUCCUACAGACUGGGAACUGCAACCAACUUCUUUGGCAACACGCCAACCAGUCUGGACGCCUUUGUGUUUGGUUUUGUGGCUCCAAUUUACAAAGCCAGUCUCCCCAGCAGCCCUCUGCAGAGCCACCUCAGACAGCUGGAUAACCUCACAAGCUUCUGUGACAACAUCCUUGCACUCUACUUCAGCUCGGACCACCCUUGUCCUUCCCCACCUGUUCAGGAAACAAUGGAUGCCAACCUCCAGAAACUAACGCAGCUUGUAAACAAAGAGUCCAACUUAAUAGAGAAGGUGCUUCUGCUUUCCUUUUUACCGUCUCUUUGCAUGGGUUCAUGGGUGCAUUUGGCAGAUGGAUGACAACCUUCGUAGCAGCCCUCAGCACAAACCCCACAGACCAGACCCCAAACCCAGUCUGGCCAGUGAGAAGAGCUCUACUCCUGCCUAACCCCUGACCCGUCAACCCUGACCCGUCAACCCUGACCCGUCAACCCUGACCCGUCAACCCUGACCCUCAACCCUGACCCGUCAACCCUGACCCGUCAACCCUGACCCGUCAACCCUGACCCGUCAACCCUGACCCAGCCUUAUGAAAGAGGAGCUACAGCCUGUAGCUGAAAGGUGCCGUUCUUAAUCUGACUCAAAACCCUAAAAUCCCCAAAAUGUCAUCCAGCUGAACUAUAGUUUGAAUAGAAAAUCACCGAAUAAUGAUAAUAAUGGAAGUAUGACUAUAUAAUUAUUAAAGACACAAUUUUACAGAGACAUAAUGAUGAUAGAUUUCAAAGAUGUUGGUCUGAAAGAGAAGGAAAAGUGCAUGUGUGAGGCUUUAUAAAAUGUUCAGCGCAUGUAUGUGGUUACGGAUGGAAUGCUAAGAAGUGGUGUUUGAUGAGAAAGACAUAGAAAGUCAAAAGGAAAGCUAAUGGAAAUGAGAAGUCCAGCAGGGAAAAGAAGUGGCCCAGUUUGACCUCUGAGUGGACCUGCUUAAAGGAACAGUGUGUAGGCUUUAGUGGCAUCGCUCAACCUUCCCUUUCCAAGCGUGUAGAAGAACUUACGGUGGCCUUCAGGUAACGCAAAAAAACAAAAGGCCUUCUCUUCUCCAUUCUGGGCGACUGUAGAAACAUAGCAGACUCCGUGGAAGAGGAUUCCCUCAUGUAGAUAUGAAGGGCUCAUUCCAAGCUAACAAAAAGGAGUCUUAGUUUCAAGUGAUAUACUAUUAAAACAUAGUUAUGAAUACUAUAUUCUAAUUCUGCCAAUAAACCCCCUCAAUCCUACACACUGGUCGUUUAACCUCUUCUUCCUUUUUUUGCCUGUAAGAAAUAUGUAUCUUCUGUUUAACCCUUUCUGGUUUUCUUCACACUCGGGUGAUGCACAAAAGGAAACUUGUUAAUGUCCUCACCUGUGUCAUGAGGAUAUUGAAAAUUGUUAAAGGUAUACUAUGCAGGAUUUCCCUAAAAAAAACAAUGUAUAGACUCGUACAAAAGAAAACCCUCACCAAAAGUGUGUGGUGGUGUAUCAACAUAUAUUUCUUAUUUUGCUCUAUUCAAGAUGUUACUGUGCAUCAGCCUUUGGGCAGUGGAUUUGUAGCCACCACGAAUGCGCUAGCAUGCAUUGCAUACAAGUGGAAGCUACGACAAUGGUGGACACAGUGCCGAAAAAAACGAGUUCUGGCAAACUUUGAAUGUUGUGUUUACAACAGGUAGCGAGGAUUCCUGCGUAGUAUCCCUUUAAAGAUCGAUUGUUGAGUGAAAAUAGAAGAGUUGUCCUGGAGCACCUAGAUUUGUUUACUUAUCUUAUGUUACGCUAGUUUAUAAACCUGUGUUUUAUCAUAGAGGCUCUUAGAUCCUGUAACACCGCUUUGAGCACACGCCCUUCAUCAUAUCCACUGUAAAAAGAAAUCUGUAAAUUGUAAUGACAUUUAAAUGACAGUAAUGUACAGGAUAGUAUGUAUACGGUCCAUAGGAAUAUCCAAUCACUUAUUUUUGCUUUGCUCUCACCUCUGCUUUGUAUAGCUUGUAUAGUUGUAAAUAUUUUCAUGCUAAAAUCAAUGCAAUGUUUCCUCUAAUAGGGCUGAUCAGCUUCUUCGCAAUCUUUGCUAGAUAAACUGAGGUAUAUUUUACACACUGUAUUAAGUUAUUCAUGCAAAAAUGUGUGGGACUAAUCUGAGUUUGUGUUUCUGAGAGUUUCAGAAACCAUUUGUCUUUUAAUUCUAGUUAAUUUGUUAUGCAAGAUAUUCGGUGUCGUUACCAAUCCACUCAUUGUUGCCAUUGUUUUCCACAAGCAAUCUUGUAUAACAUCUAUAUUGUUUUGUUUUUUCUGCUGUGUUUUCAUAUGCUGUGCCUAUUUCACCUUGUUAAAACUGAAGUGUCUGUUCUAUUUGGGAAUGUUUCAUUAGCUGCCUCUUUUGUUUGCCUUAUUUUAACUGUCUGAAAUUGGAAAGUGCAAUAAGUUGCCACCAUUUCUUUCUGUUCCCUAAUAUCCUCACAGCUCAUAAAUAGCUGAACUGUGUUUACUCCAUGUCAUUACUUUCAUGGUCUCUCUUUGCCCCAGACUAGAAGUAUGAAUACUGUUAAAGAAAAUACUUUGGUUCUUGCAACUUUCAAAAGAAAUGACUUUAUGGUUACAUUCCCUUCAUAGCACUGUAUCCUGUAACAAAAGCAUUCAUUGGUGUGUCUGUACUGUAUUUGUGUUAUCGGACAACAAGCAGGCGUGUGCAGACCGUAUGGGUGCAGGGUGCCUCCAUGACUGCUGCUGUCUUUGUACAAAUGUUAAGGUGUCCUUCAUCAUUUUGAUACAUUGCCAUAAAUGAUCUGUCAUUUUCUGUUACUGUUCAUUCUGUGGAUGGUUGGUAACAACUGUCGUCCUAUUAUUGAAAUACAAAUAUGGUCGUUCCAACCAGUGUCUUUUUGUUCUCCAAGCAAAAUAAACAUCUUAAUGUCAUUUCA